AAGGAGUCAACCACAGCGGCCGAGCUCUUUCAUCUGAAGCUGGAGCUGACGGCACAUUCAGAAACGGCUCUUACAGACGAACACAGACAGCUCGUCUCGUUAUCAACCAAGAGACCACCUGGACAUGGCACACGGCAAAGAGAUGCGUCUCUGGUUUAGUUUUACAUUGGUGUUGUCAGUCGUUCUGACCCCAGCUCUGAAGACCCUUGACUCGGACCAAGAGCUGCAGGACAGCGGGUUCGGUCAACCGCCACCUCGCCACGGCCUCAAGUUGCUGGUGUGGUACAUUCAGGACUGCCUGGACAACAACAUGGUGGCUCUGUGUGAUCCCACUCGAAGAGAGUACGGAUUUCAUGAGUUUCGGAACCGAAGGCCCAGUCUGCUUCCUGUGAUAAAGGACAAAAGGCAGUACAGCUACUACACCAUCGGAAACCUCCACGCUACUCAUGCCGAAGACCUGCCCUACGAAGUCAAGAAGUACUACAACCGCAGCGACCCUGAAAGCAACAAGGACAGAGUUUUGGUGAGAUACAACCGCAACAACAAACACAUCGAAAACAUCUACGCAUCUGCACAUUAUGAGCCCGAAGAGACAUACAUAAUUGGCCCCAAUCUUCUUGCCUCUCUUCGAAAGCCAACAGCCCACAUUAGCAUAGAAAUGUGAUGGUACAUGAUAAAUCUUUCUGUGGCAACUUUAAUAGCUUUGUGAUUCUUUAAAAAAAAUAAAAAGUGAUGGAAUUACAAACAAUCUUUUCUUUGUGGUGCCAGACUGCUUUGAUGACUUUUUGAAGGCUCGAGUAUGAGUGAGGAAAGUAAACCUGCACAGCCCUCCCGCUUGGAGAAUCUACAGUGAUUGCUGCAGAGAAAGGUUCUUUGACUAAUAAAAAACAAAUG